AUGUCCUCCACAGACACUUCCACCGCCGCAUCUGAUAUGCACGCGCCUCUGCUGCGUCCCCGCCAGGAUCCUUCCUCUGCAUCCCCGACGCGUCCUGCCACCUUGGCACUCUUAAUCGGCCGGGCCACUGGCCGCCGAGGCCCGUCCAUGAUGGUCCGCGAGACGGCGGCGCGGGAGCUGGAGGAGCGGAGGGUGGACUGGGGCUACUCGAAGCCUGUUGUAGCAUUGGAUAUGUUUUGGAACUCCGCCUUCGUAGCGGUCUCCGUGGCUAUGCUUAUUGUGACGGUCCAUGAGCGGCCCAACACGCCGAUCCGACUUUGGAUCUGCGGGUACGCGCUUCAGUGCCUGGUGCACGUUGUUUUGGUGUGGCUGGAGUAUCGUAGGAGGAACGAGAGGAGGGCCCAGGACGAGGACACGACCCAGGGGAUGCAGAACGAGCUGGGGCCAAAUGGCAAUGAUAGUGAAGAUGAUGGUGCUAGAAAUAGGAGCUCCAGCCGAUCAAGUGUGACCAAACACUGUGAAUCAGUGAAUACAAUGGUAUCAUUUCUCUGGUGGAUGGUUGGCUUUUAUUGGAUAGUUUCUGGUGGAGACAUCCUACUGCAAAAAGCUCCACACUUGUACUGGUUGGCUGUGGUCUUUCUGGCAUUUGACGUGUUCUUUGCAAUCUUCUGUGUUGUUUUGGCUUGUUUGAUUGGGAUUGCUCUCUGUUGCUGCUUGCCAUGCAUUAUAGCCAUCCUUUAUGCUGUUGCUGGACAGGAAGGUGCUUCGGAAGCUGAUAUCUGUAUCCUUCCAAAAUACAGAUUUCAAGCAUUAAACAAUGAUGAGAAGCCUGGAGUCGGAGCAGGGAAAAUGAUUCCUGUAGAAACAAGUAGUGAAUACUUGGCAUAUGAACGUAUACUUUUAACUGAGGAUGCGGAAUGUUGCAUAUGCCUUAGCUCAUACGAGGAUGGCGCAGAGAUCCAUGCACUCCCUUGCAACCAUCAUUUCCAUUCUGCGUGCAUUGUUAAAUGGCUGAAGAUGAAUGCAACAUGCCCUCUCUGCAAGUAUAACAUUCUCAAGGGAAGUGAAGUUUGAACAAAAGACGAGAGAAAACAUAAAUUGCCAGGUACAUCCACCAAGGCUGUGUCUGUCUGCAUGUAUAGAAGAAAUCAGGCAUUCUCUCCAAAUUCUUGUUAAGAUAUAGGGGUUACAGCAUGGAUUAAACAGACCUUCAUUUGUGAUUUUUCAGCGUUUUGGAAUUGUCUCGAUUCUUCUUGCCUUCUUUUUGAGUCAUUUCAGACGAGUGUAAAGGGCAAUCAAGUGACAGGCUUUGUGUUUGUUCUUUAACUUAUUUGAUCUCAUUUUUGUACUUGUGCCUAUAUUUUCCUGCUAAUUAUACGGACUAUAGUUGGUUGA